AUGGCAGCAUCAGCCCAGCAACAAAGAUAUUCCAAUAUUUCCGUUGGAUCUUCUUUAACCCCCAGUACAAAUUCAUCAUGGCUGUCACCUUCUGGACUCUAUGCCUUUGGAUUCUACAAUGUAACCAAUGGCUAUGCUAUUGGAAUUUUUCUUGCUGGGAUUCCAGAAAAAACUGUAGUGUGGACAGCCAACAGGGAUGAUGCCGUUUCUCCCAUCAAUGUGGUUUUGCUAUUAACCAACGAUGGACGACUCAUUUUGCAGCACGAAAAUGGAGACGGAAUAGUGAUUGUAAAUCCCAACACGUCUGUUGCUUCAGCUUCAAUGCUUGACAAUGGCAAUUUCGUGCUGUACAAGUCGUCUCAAAUUAUCACGUGGCAGAGUUUUGAUAACCCGACGGACACUCUUUUGCCUGGCCAACACCUCUCAGUCGGAAAAGAUAUUUUCUCCAGUGUUUCGGAGACAAACCCUGCCACAGGGAUUUUCCGUCUCAAGAUGCAAUACCCUGUGGGAGCUGAAGACAUGAAGAAUAAUGCUUACUAG